CGAAGUUGAUGGUGUCUACAUUGAAACUUGAACGUUGACUGAGCAUGUUUUUGACUGUUGUUUACUUGGUGCUUUCAAUUUUGUGAUGACGAUGGAAGCCUCUAUCGUCGCAAUCCUCUUACUGGCUACCAUUCACGGUUGUCAUAGUGGCCCUAACGAGAAGAGAUUGCUCACUAACCUGCUGGACAAGUACAAUACACUGGAGAGGCCGGUCUUCAAUGAGUCAGAGCCAGUCGUCGUCAGUUUCGGAUUAACUCUUAUGCAGAUUAUUGACGUGGAUGAAAAAAAUCAAAUUCUAACGACGAACGCCUGGCUUAACUUGGAUUGGAGGGAUCAAAAUCUUAUAUGGAACCCGGCGAAUUACAGCGGAGUGAAGGAUGUCCGCAUCCCGCCCAAUCGCAUCUGGAAGCCUGACAUACUUCUCUACAACAGCGCUGAUGAAGGUUUCGACAACACGUUCCAGACCAAUGUUGUUGUGCGGCACAACGGGAGCUGCAACUACAUCCCGCCGGGCAUCUUCAAGAGCACUUGUAAAAUCGAUAUCACUUGGUUUCCCUUCGACGAUCAACAGUGUAAAAUGAAAUUCGGCAGCUGGACUUACGAUGGUUUUAUGUUGGACCUCGUUGAAAAGACGACCGAUGGUGGCGAUAUUAGUGGCUUCAUCACGAACGGUGAAUGGGAUUUAAUCGGCGUACCUAGCAACCGCACAGUUGAAUACUACACUUGCUGCCCCGAGCCUUACGUAGACAUUACUUUCACCAUACACAUCAGGAGACGAACCCUUUACUAUUUUUUCAAUCUCAUCGUUCCUUCCGUGCUCAUUUCUUCCAUGGCGCUUCUUGGCUUCACCCUACCGCCAGACUCGGGAGAGAAGCUCACUCUUGGAGUUACCAUUUUGCUGUCUUUGACGGUAUUUCUCAACCUGGUCGCUGAAACGCUGCCUCAAGUUUCCGACGCCAUUCCGCUUCUAGGCACUUAUUUCAAUUGCAUCAUGUUUAUGGUGGCAUCUUCCGUUGUAUUGACCGUCGUCGUUCUCAACUAUCACCACAGACGGGCAGAAAUGCACGACAUGCCAGGAUGGGUUCGAACGUUGUUCUUGCUCUGGUUGCCCUGGAUUCUACGAAUGAGUCGGCCGGGCAAGAAAGUGACGCGUAAAACGAUCCUGAUGAACAGCCGUAUCAAAGAGAUGGAACUGAAGGAACGAUCGUCACGCAGCCUGUUGGCCAACGUCUUAGAUAUGGAUGACGAUUUCCGAAGUGCGUCAGGCAUUUCCUACGCGCCCACGUACACCAGUAAUCUGACGAACCGCUACGGCAGCAGCGGUGGCGUAGGAUCGGGAUUAGGAGGCGUAGGAGGAAAUGGCGGGAGAGGCGUCAUCAUCGGCGGCCCUGGUGGAGGAGGAGUUGGUCCAGGAAAUAGCUCAACGUUACCCCAUUUCCCGACUUCUGCCUCAUAUCACCAGCAGCAGCAUGCGCCCGUUGGCCAGCAGCAGUCGUCGGGACACCUUGCCGAAUCGUCGCUCGCUCACGGCAACAUGAUCUCAGCUAAUGCCCAGUCUUCCACUUUUGGAAGCCGGGCAGGAGGCUUCGCCAUUGACGAGGAUAGCCCGUCCACUCCUUAUUGCAUCCAGGCUCAACGGGACCUGCAGGCGAUUAUUCGCGAGUUGCGCUUCAUCACUUCCAAGUUGAAGAAGAAAGACGACGAAAAUGAUCUCAUCGCUGAAUGGAAGUUUGCCGCUAUGGUGGUUGAUCGUAUUUGCCUCUUCAUCUUCACCAUGUUCACCAUUAUCGCCACGCUGGCCGUGCUCUUCUCCGCACCGCACAUCAUCGUGCAGUAAAGCAAAAAGAGGGAACAUAAAGGAAGAUUUAGACAGACUCGAUCUCCCCUUGCCAUCAGAGUGUUUUUGCGUCAUUGGGAUGCGCACGGGAAACUUGUUGUGGAGCGUGGGAUCCCCGCCGUCUUCUCCUUUUAUAUAGUUUUUUUUUUUCGGCCGAUCCUGUGUCUCCAUUCCCUCCCGCACACACACACACACACACACACGCAAGUGUAUAAAAACAGUUUAUAUGUGUAGAGUAUACAGGGCUGUAUAUCGAUCUUCAUAUGUUGCCGUUGAGUCACGUGCGAUCCUGCUGCCGCCGCUACCGACUUGCUAAAGAAGAAAAAAAGUUUAUAGAGAAAGGAUUAAAAAAACAAACAAAACAAAAACGAAUAAGGAACUUUAACUUACUCCGUGACAACCGCCAACUCGACUGCCAGUAAAAGAGAAAAAAUUGCGUAACCAAAAAAAGAAACCAAAGAAAUGUAUAGGUGAGUUUCUGCCCCCACCGACAUGGACCUGCUCUUUUGAUAAAUGUGUUUCUAUGCCGCGUGUAAUGCAUGUGUGUGUAUGUGUUGCGUAUAGUGAAGGCCUAGACUAGUUUUUUUUUUUAAAUAUAUACGACAGGAGAAUGUGACGGACAUUAAAAGCGUGUUGUAAUAGUCCUGCAAGAAAUAAACCCAAGCGGCGGGAGAGUGAAGUAAAAGAAAGACGAAAGCCAAACCAGUGCGAUGGACGAGGGAGUUCGAUGUCGGACGAAGAGAUACACAUAAAAGAAAAGAAAUAGAAAUGAAGAAUGCGAAGCAGUUGAAGCCUGGACAGGGCAUAUCUCACAUUUCGUGAUGUAUUAUUUCGACGUACAAAGAGAAAAACGAAACGAUCCAUGAUCGUUAGAGCCUGGACGGACAGAUUGAGAAGAAAUAAAACAUGGCAAACCAUCGCUAACCAGCACAAUCAACAACAACAAAAACAACAACGAAAAUCAGCUCGUUCAAGGAUGUAUACUGUACAUAUAAAUACUAUCGUCUCUUCUUUUUGUUUUCUUGGCUCUUACAGCCCACACAUCUUUUUGUUUUCUUCCUUUUCUUCCAUGAAAAAGAGAGUCGUCAUAGAUAUAGACUUGUGUAGCGUAGUAUUUUAUACUCAAAAAGAGGCAGGCGGUAUUGUAAGUUACGCAAGUCACGUGCCCGAACGCUCAGCAUCUUUUUCUUCCGACUUCCCUUUCCUUUUUUUUUCACCCAGUACUUCCCAUCGUCUGAAGAAUAUAAACACAUACAGAAUUUGGGCGUGGCAUUAUGGAAUUUUCGGAUCCUUUUUGACAUGUAUGCCCCGGUCUUUCUCAUUUGUGGCUUUGCGUUCUUCCUCCCGUUUCUGUUUUUUUCAAAGCGACAUUAACUCAUUUGCUCCCUUGGAGCUCAAUUUGUCUGUGUUUGUGUCUAUGUCUGUGUGUGUGUGUGUGUGACGCUGUAUAUAUUAUUAUACUUCCCUUCAUCGUUUCCCUGUGUUCUUCGUCUCCAAGUGCUCAAUCAAUAUUUUUUUGCCUCUCUUUUUUCCCCACCCCCUCCUCGAUAAAUAUACGAUGCGACCCUCCUCAAUUGUCUCUUCUCUUGUCAUUUCUUGCUCGCUCACUCACUUCACAUUUCUUAUUGCUAUUUAUCUGCUUCUUCCCGGUGUCUUUUCAUCGUCUUGUCCACAUUUACUUUUUGUAAAGAUCGAAACUCUAUUUCUAUUUCUAUCUAUUGUGUCAUCCUAAUCUUCUACUGUCCUACACUGUCAUUUAAAAAAAUAAUAAUAGUACGGAGAUGAACGUGUCCGUUUCUACUGGAGAGCAUUCUUACGUUGGAAAUGGAUCUUAUAACUAUUAUAUAGAGUACACACAGAGACACACGAUGCGUCACGUCUCCAAGGCCAAGGCGAUCCAUCGUUUGUUUUUUUUUUUUUCCAAUUCCUAUCUAGCCCUUCUACCAUCAUACAACAUACUUAUGAAAAAGAAAAGAAAAACUUUGUGUUUCUUUUUUAAUAAUCCUCCCCAGGCCUGAGAUUGUGUGUCGUAUUAUGUGCGUGUCACCUCUACAGUCACCACACCCACGUACGCCCACCUGUCACAAUGUUGUAUUCUCAAUAUGAUCGAUACCAUACGUGUUAGACGUGUGCGUACCCACGGAACAUCAAAGUCUUUCUUUUUGGUCCCCCUCUUUCAUCUACUUUUUCUUCUUCAACCGUGUCGAUCUUUAAUCGUCAAUCCCCCAUACCGGGUUCAUCCAUCAUGAUUCAACUUUCUUUAAUCAAUAUAUUUCUAUUUUUUAUUCACUUAUUUCAACAACAACAAAAAGACACACACCAACAAGUAUAUUGCGAAACUGACAAUCAGUACAUGUCCUGAAUCCAAUUUUCUUCCUUCACUUUUUUUUGCCAUCCGAUCGAAGCCACCUACCCCAUACGCACACUGAAUAAUUUGCAUAUCCCUUUGGUCGAUUGAAAUUGAUGAAAUAGUUUUUUUUUUGUUUUUUUUUUGUUUUUGAGAAAUUAAAUAAAAACCAAGGAAAAUGUAUCGGUGAGAAUGGCGGGUCGUGUGGAAAUGACGGGUCAUUUACGUUUUGAUAAAAUAUCAAUUUUGUUUCGGGUAUAGUUUCAGAAGACUGUUAUUGAUCGGCAAUUGAUGAUUAAUGUACGUCGUUUAUGUCCGUUCCUGUUGACAAAAAAAAAAACGUUUUCGUUGUAUCAACUCUCCCUUCUUCGUAUGUACGAGUGUGUGAUUGUUUGCUAUAUCUUAGUAAAUUAGUUGAUCUUACACCAAAUGUCCCUCAUUCUGUACCUCCUCCCUUGUUCCUUCCAUUUUAUAAACGGUAUAUACUACCCUUAUUAUACCAUAUAUUAUUACACGAAAUUCGGUGAUGACAAACGGGAAGGGGGAAACGGGAAAUCAUGUUGUUCAUUUCCGUCUCAAAAUUUCCCAAGUCUCAAAAAAAUAAAUUGUCUCUCACGAAGAAAACAUUUCAGAAAGAUCACACACAA